AGCUCUGAGGCCUUCCGUUCACAAUAAAAGCUGGAGGAGCGGUCCGUUACAGGAUGAUUCAGCGGUUCGUUUGAUCUCGUCCGAGCAGCGGAAGCCGGAAACUCGUCACGGGCUCGAGUUUAUUCAGGGGUUGGAUUCUGCUGUGAGCUCAUGAAUUCAGCCCGGAUACAGGUGAGGGACGUGACGUCACAACCAGGACGGCGGGAAAAAGAAAAGCGUUUCUGGGUCGAGGACAUUUGUUCUGUACCUUCAGGGAGUUUGAAUAUGCGGACCUACAAAAUAAAUUGCUCUUAUUCUGAAGGGUCCGAGCGGAAGUGUGUUCGUGCGUGUGUGUGUGUGUUGACGGCGUCGGGAGGAGACGGAGCAUCAGACACGCAGAAGCUGGACCGACACAUCUGGACCGAGAGCGAAAUCUCUGGAGCGGAGACGCGCACGAACGGAGCGCGGGCGCGCGGACAGGUGCACAGCUGUGUCUCCUCAGCGUCAUCCCGUGACCGCCAAGCCGGGCUCGCGGGCAUGGCGGAGGAGACCCGCGUCAUCUACCACCUGGAGGACCAGGACACCCCCUACCUCGUCCGCAUCAACGCGCCCGCGGAGCGCGUGACCCUGGCGGACUUUAAGCACGUGCUGAACAAACCCAACGUGAAAUUUUUCUUCAAGUCCGUGGACGACGACUUCGGGGUGGUCAAAGAGGAGAUCAGCGAUGAUGACGCCAGGCUGCCCUGUGUGAACGGACGGGUCGUCUGUUGGUUGGUGUCAUCAGACACCUGCCAGCUGGAUUUCAGAGGUUCAGAUGUCCAGUCUGUGGUCACGCCCACCAAUUUAGCCCCGCCCCCUAUAGAGAGGACAGGUGGUAUCGGAGACUCCAGACCGCCAUCCUUCCAUGCUGCCACUGUGAGCCAUGAUGAGUUGCAGGGGUCAGAGGUCAAACCUGCUGUUUCAGAGAGGCUGCAGAGGAAAGAUGUGGGUGAGCAAGGUGAUCGCCUGAAUGGCCACGCCCACUGCCCAGCUGAUAAGAGGGGGGUGGAGCCAACAGGUGGCGGCGACAGUUCAUCGACCCAGCAGAGCAGCGAACUGGAAACAACCAGUUUCUGCUCCUCUGAGGAAGACUCAGGAGGAAGGUUCAGCCAAUCAACAGAGCAGAGCAGCUCCUCACCGCGUCUCAUCAGGCGUCAACGCCGCCGCCACCGGAAACCCAAAACACAGCGGAUGGAGAGGUCUGUGUCUUUCAGCAGUGUCACUGACUCCACCAUGUCGCUCAACAUCAUCACUGUAACUCUCAACAUGGAGAGGUACAACUUCCUGGGCAUCAGUAUUGUCGGUCAGAGUAACGACAGAGGGGACGGAGGCAUUUACAUCGGCUCCAUCAUGAAGGGCGGAGCGGUGGCGGCGGAUGGACGCAUCGAGCCGGGAGACAUGCUGCUGCAGGUGAACGACAUCAACUUCGAGAACAUGAGCAACGACGACGCCGUCCGAGUCCUCCGAGAGAUCGUCCACAAACCGGGUCCGGUGACGCUAACCGUGGCAAAGUGUUGGGAUCCGAACCCGCGAGGCUGCUUCACGUUGCCGAGAAGCGAGCCAGUCCGUCCCAUCGACCCUGCUGCCUGGGUGUCUCACACCGCCGCCAUGACGGGGAGGCUCCUCCCACUAUACGGCGUGAACGAGGAGAACCACCUCAACAUCCACAGUGACAUGACCAUGGUUGUCAAGGCGAUGGCCAAUCCCGAGUCUGGCCUGGAGGUCCGAGACAGGAUGUGGCUGAAGAUCACCAUCCCCAACGCUUUUAUCGGUUCAGACGUGGUGGACUGGCUGCACCGCAACGUGGAUGGCUUCAUUGACCGACGCGAGGCUCGCAAGUAUGCCAGCAACCUGCUGAAGGCCGGGUUCAUCCGACACACCGUCAACAAGGUGACCUUCUCCGAGCAGUGCUAUUAUGUGUUCGGAGACCUCUGCGGAGACAUGGCUGUGAUGUCACUGAUGGAUCAGGAAGGAGCCUCCACACGAGGGUCUGACUGCGACCAGCUCACCUUCCCCUACCAGUACCCCAUCCCCCACCCCUACAGCUCCCCCCACCCGCUCCACCAGCUGCCGGCCCUUGGAGGAGGAGGAGGCCCAUGUAGUGAAGGAAGCUGUAGCAGCGGCUCGAACUGCAGCGAUAAUCAGGAGGAAGGAGCAGGAGGGAGCGAAUUGAGAGCCUCCAAACAGGAAGCGAGUGCCUCUCCUGAGAAGCGUCUGGAGGCGGAGCCUCUCAGUGACAGUCCUGUCCAGCGACCUCUGAGCUGCUUUGAAGACCUCCUGCCGUCAUCUAGAGGUCAGCACCAUGACCUUCCAACAGCCCAGCCUGGAGUCUCCGCCUCCCGCCAGUCCUUCCGCAUGGCCAUGGGAAACCCCGGCGACUUCUUUGUGGAUGUCAUGUGAUCACAUUGGGAACUGGAAACGUUUCCGUGAUUAUAAACUGUUGAGUUCGUAGUUUGAAUGAAGCUGAUUCAGGAAAGUUUGCUCUUCGUCAUAUUUAGAUUUUAUUUAUGAACCUCCACUGUGAAGUGGCACACCUUUGACCUCACCUGCCUCCAGCACUGUCCAACCCGCCAUCCUCACGUGUUUGAAGAUCGGAGCAGCUCAGAGGCCGGGAGCGUUUGAUUUGAUCCGUUAUCACGUCAGGACCUCGCUCUGAGGCUCUUCUGUUCUCCAUCGACGCGGGGUUCUCUGGUUCCUGUCCGUGAGGAUGUCGCAGAGGGAAAGCUGAGCUUCGUCUCCAGAAGUUGCUGGAUGUUGAAUCGUGUGCCGGGUUGGGCUCGACAGGAGAUCCAAACCGGAAGCAGAAGCAGGUUCAGGUCAGCGAGAGGAAACGGGAACUAACUGCAGAUACGCCCUGCCAACCCGGCUGUCGUCCGCAGGCCUGCAGGUCCAGCAGGUCCAGCAGGUCCAGCUCACUGACGGUUCCUCGAGUCCGUGCUGACCCGGUUUCCUGCGCACACUUCAGCUGCUCGUGUCUUCGGGUCACUUGUUUAUUAGUGACAGCAGAGUGAAUGAGACGUUUGAAAGUAUAGAAAAGCAUAAACACCAAACCUGAAAGAAAUAAAAACCCAGUGAAACCAGCAACAUGGUCGGAGGAUGGUCCUUCUUGCUCCAUCACAGCUUUCAGAGAAACGCUGUGUGUCCUCUGCAGACAUUUGAGUUGUUUAAAACAAUAAAAGUCUUUGAAAUGUG